GAAGGGUCUAUCAAGAAAGCCAAUCAGUCUAAACCAUAUCAGAAACUUGGUGUUGCUGCAGUCGAUAUGUCUGAUGUUAAGGAAGAUACAGCCAAAGUGAAGGAUGAGGAUGUGCCAUUUGAACAGGGGAUGGUAUCAGAUAUCAAACGUGAGGGUUCCAUAAAAAAGGCAUCAUUAUCGAGGCCAUAUAAACAAAGAGGCAUUGCUCAAAUUGAUUCAAAAAUUGAUGACAGUAAAUAUGAAACAGCAACACAGAAAGGUUCAUCUAUAAAACCAGAGAAGGGUACUGUAUCAGAUAUCAAAAGAGAGGGUUCUUUUAAGAAUGUAUCAUCGUCUAAACCAUGCCAAAUGGGUGUUGCUCAUAUUGGCUCUGAAUCUGUAGAAGGUGAACAGGUUGUAGAUAGAAAAGGAAAUGAUCAAUCGAGUGAAGGUGUAUUGAGUAACGUAGACGAUCAGUAUGUUGGAAGAAUAACUGCAUCCAUAACCGAAACGAAGGUAGAAACGAUAACAUCAACAGAAAAUUUAGAAACUACAACACAAAGGCAUAAAGCUGUAAUAUCAGAGAAGGGAAAUGUGUCUGAUAUUAAACGUGAAGGCUCAAUCAAAAGAGCAACGCCAUCGAAGGUGGUACAAAGGGGCAUAGCAGCAGUUGGUACAAACACGAAUGGGAGUAUAGAGGUCGUUGAAGCUGAACUGGAAGGGUCUUCUCGUAUUGGAAUGAUUGCAAACGUACAUGACGUAUCCCAAAAUGAUCUUGGUACAGGAGAUCAAUAUACGUCUAAACAAACAGUGUCCUCUGCAGGCAUUCAACAGACUGAAAUCCUGACUGAAUCGGCUGAUCAACAAACGCCAAAGGACAAUAAGGCCACUGAGGUGGAUAUCAAGGAAUCUGAUGAAUUAGCAGUACCCCAAACCAUUUCAACUGAGUCAGUUGUCGGGACACAAGUAGUGGACACUCCAAGUGAGAUUGUUACUUUAAGAACUGACACAAGUAUUGAUACAAGCGUACCUAGAGUCAUUGAUGUUGUAAAGAAUGGACCACUUGGAAGAGUUACUGCAAAUGUAACCCAAACAAUUGGUUCAUCGAUGAUAACCUCACAGGACACUAAAGAAGAAACAGUUUCAUAUUCUAACGUACCUACCGACUCUCUAGAUGUCACUGAUACUACAACGUGUGAGGUGCUGCCCAGCGCAACAACAAAGGAGCUCCCUAGGUCAAAUGCAUCCAGCGAAUCACUGAGAUCAGUUAUUACUGAGAUAAUAACAGAAAAAUCUAAGCACAAGGGUGAAAAGUUAAGUGAAGAAAUUGAAAAGUCCAAUAUGAAAUAUGCAAAAUCUACCAAGCCUAACACACAAGGUACGGGAAAUAUAGUAUCAAUUGAACAUGCUAAUGCCGAGGUGAACGUUAGUGAUGUUGUGCAGUCUGAGGAACUAGAAGUAAGCCUGGCGUCAGAUAAUUUGAUGAACAAAGCACAUCAAAAACACACUAGACCAUUUGGUUCAGCUGAAACAAAAACAAUUACAACAACAGUUAUCUCUGAAGUAACUACAGAUAAAGAGAGCAUCCCUGAUAUAAAACAAGAAAGCAUUGGAGUAAAAACGAAAGUUGUUAAAGCUUCUUCACAGCACCCGACUGUGCUUGGAAAGGGAAAGAUUGGACCACUUGACGAAGAUACAGAACGUGUAGGAGAACGAAGGCAAAUCGUUGGUGAAGAACUUGAUAGUCAGGCUAUUUAUGACUCAUCUUUGUCAACAGUUAAAACAUCUUCAACCAAACAGUUUGGAGUAAGCAGCGAGGGUUUGACUGGUACAGCAGAAAGUGUGUCUUCACGUCCUGGCUUUAAAGAUCAGCAAUUGUCACAAAGUGAGACAUCUACUGGUCAGGAUAAAGUUAGUAUAGAAAAUCCACCUGCUGUUCGGAGUACAACGACGAAACAUGGUGAUUCUCCAAUUGUUGCUCAAACCAUAACACCUAAGGUUACAGAAACAACUCCUGUGUCAACUACUGACAACCCCUCUGAAAAAAUAUCACCAUCCAAAGGGCGCAAAGCAGCUACAGUUAGCCCCUUAACUGAAAGAACAGAAGAAAUCGAUGCAUCCACGGGUAAAAAGAGUAAAAAACAGCGUAAAAAGAAUAAAAACACCACAGGCAAAAUCAUCGCGUUCGACGCAACUACAGUGGAGGAGGAUGAUACAGUGGACACAGUUAAUGACAUUCCCUCAUCAGAACAUACGUCAAGUAAAGAGAUGAUCGCAACCAAUACACUAACAAAAUCUGUGACUGAGAGUGACGCUGUGAGGACAAAAGUAGUUUCGAAAGUGAAGAAACAACCAACUACUGACACUAAUUUAACAUUGGUACCAACUUCUGAUAAUAAGAUAACAGAUGAUGGCAAGCCUGAUUAUGGAAACGCUUCAAAGGGUAAUGCAAAGAAUGUCACUCGUGGAGCUCAGCAGAGUGUAAUAGAGGAUCAGGAUGAGGAAACAACCAGUGAAACGAGUGAGGAAACUACGAAGUAUACAACUAUAACUACUUCUGAGUACAAUAUCCAUCCAAGAACUCACCAAAAAGCAAUUGAAACACCAGUCCGAAGUGCUAAAUCUAAGCCACAAGCCACUGAUUAUUCAACUGAGGAAAUAGCAAGAGUCCCAACUCUUCCAAAAACCUUAGAUCUCGAUAGCAUAAACAAAUCUAAACAGGUUGAUGGUAAGAUAAGGAGAAAACUUCACAGAGCCUCUAUUGGCGAGGAAGAAGAUGAUUUCGAAACAAUGGACGAAACUACAGAAUUCACGACAAAAUACACGACAACUACAACCAAGGAAUUCACUAAAAGGCAACGAGGACUAAAAACUGCUUCAAGCUCUAAAGCACAGAAACAUUCUCUUGCAGGGGAGACGGAUGAACAUCUAAAAUCCCAACUUGAGAGCUGGUCAAGUUUAACAGAGCAGUCUUUAUUACGUGAACAGGACAGACGUCUGAAAUCUCCCAGGAGUAUUGAAGAUGAUUCAGAUGCUGUCAAAAGAGCAUUAUUGUAUCAAAACCAUGAAGAUAAUACUAAAUAUGGACCCAAGAAAGAGACAGUCAUUACAGUUAAUCCUAAAAGGUUAUCUCUAGAGGAUGAAGAAGGGAACUUCCCCUUUGACCCACACCACUUGGAGGGAUCGCCAUUGUCACCAGUGUUUGUUUGGAAUUCUGCUGCGUCCAAUCCAGGUCAGCGUUUAUCAGGUGGAAGUGAUGCAUCCGGUCCCAUCACACCUAAAUCAGCGAGUAAGAUAUCACCUGUGAGGCCUUGGAGCCCAGCAGCAGGAGUCACCAGAUCCCGUCCUGGCUCAGGCCGCACAUCUCCAAUUAGUACAAAAACAAGGGGAGGUGACCCUAAGCGUAUAAACACUAACGUUGGUAGUGAGUAUGCCUCGGGAAUAAGAACAUGGGUCAAAUCCGAGUUGGGUGGUUCAAGAGAUUCCCUUGGUGAAGAUGAACAAUGGACAACAGAAGAAGGCUUUUCUCCAUCUCAAAGAGCCUACUCUGAGGGACCAGAUGAUAGGAAGUAUGCAAGUCUACCACACACACGUCCUUCAGCAACUAAUCCAAUAUCCAUCACAGUCAGCGAUGAGAUGCUUAACAGAGAUUUGACAUCGCCAACAAUUUCUCCCGGAGCUUAUAAAUGGCGCUGGAGCGCUGGAAGUGAUGCGUUUGGGUCUCAAUUUGAUUCAAGUUAUCUUAUGAGCACAACUCCAAUAAAACACCUUCGCAGUGAAAGCAAUCUAAGCAUAUAUAGCAGCCGGAGUUCCUUCAGUGGCGAUUCGUACGAAUUUUUAGACAACAUUGAAUGGGAGGAAGAUCACUUGAGAAAUAGAUUGAGGAAAAAUGAGAAAGGAUUACUUGAGCUUGAUGCAUCCUCUGAGAAUUUAUUAGAGCUUCCCGAUGCUGUGUCAAAUCUUAAAGAAAUACAAGCUCUAAGACUAGACUGUAAUUGGAUCAGAAAAUUACCUGAGCAUAUUGGGAAUCUGACAGGACUAGAGUAUUUGAGUUGUCGGGAUAGUGCACUCGUUCACCUGCCAGAAAACAUAAUCAAAUGUAAGGCUAUCAACUAUCUUGAUCUGGAGAACAACAUGUUAAGAAAAUUACCACAAUACUUGAGGGAAUUCAGAAAACUUCAAUUUUUGAACCUGAGAUUCAAUCGAUUAGCACCAUGGCCAAGAGUGUUGAAUUUCAUGUCUCAAUUACAGUACCUAGACAUUUCCAAGAAUACAUCACUUUACCAUGUUUAUGAUAGAUGCAUCAGCAGCCUUCAGAAUUUGAAAUGGCUGUCCCUGGAAAACACAUCACUCGACGCUCUUCCCAAGGAUUUAAACAAAUGCAGUAAUCUCGAACAUGUCAAUGCUUCGCAUAAUUACAUCAAGAAUCUGGACGAUGACCUCGCAGAGCUGAGUCAUUUGAAGACCUUCAUAUUAGGAGGCAACAAGCUGAAUGAAUACCCAGAAGUUCUGUCAAGCAUAGAGCCACUAGAAGUGCUGGACAUCUCAGGAAAUGACAUCCUCUUUAUCUCCUCAUCAAUUAUAGAACUGAAACGGCUACGAGAGCUCGAUAUCCAUGACUUGGGGAUGACCUUAUUCCCAGAGAGUGUAUGCAAGAUGACAAAUCUAACAUGCCUCAAUGCAUCGGAGAAUAACUUCUCCAUGAUUCCUGAAGCCAUUUUGGAUAUGAAAGACCUCAAGGAACUCUACCUGGAAGCCACAACCAUGACAACCUUCCCGAAUAUUCUUACAAAACUACCACAUUUGGAAGUACUAGAUCUUGCCAAAAAUGACAUGACAAAAAUAUCAUCUUCAGUGAAAAAAUUGAAAAAUCUGCGAGUCUUGGAUCUCCAUGACAACAAACUCUUGGAUUUGGCUCCUGAGGUUGGAGAGCUGCCGUUGAAGAAAUUAGAUGUCAGUAACAAUAAACUGGGACUGUUCCCAGAAGCUGUCUGUCAGAUUAAAACACUUGAAAUCCUACUUCUUGGACAGAACAAAUUGAAGCAUAUACCUUUGAAUGUUAAACUCAUGGAGAAGCUACGUAAUCUGUCCUUAUCUGGGAAUGAUUUUAAACAGUUCCCAUCUGUCGUCUGCAAACUGGAAUCACUCCAAAAUCUCGACAUGUCCAGCAAUGCUAUUGUAGAAAUUCAUGAUGACAUCACUGCAUCCAAACUUACUGUGUUUAACAUGAGUAAAAACAAAUUAGUGGCGAUACCGACUAUGAAAUAUGCUCGGAGGGUAACAUUAUCUGAUAAUAAGAUAUCAAAGCUGGAUGCUGGAUGGAGAGAUUUAGAGGAGAUGGAUCUGAAGAACAAUGAGCUGCAGGAAUUCCCAAAUGUGCUUUGUGAGUCCAAGCGAUUACGUCUUCUCCACUUGGACAAUAACUGCAUUCCCGAGUUACCCAACGAAAUAGGAAACUUGGUGAGAUUGCAAGAACUGACCUUGUCCGGGAAUUAUAUCCAAGAGAUUCCAGUAAACAUAUGUCGGCUGUUCAACCUCAAAACACUAAAUAUCAGGUUCAAUAAUGUCACAAAUCUCCCCAGAGAUGUUGAUAAACUGGUAAAGUUGGAUCCAAACAGGUUCAAAUGGGUAGCAGGAGCUGCGGGACUGAUUAUGGAUGAUGAUAAUAUGGUGGAACCACCACCUGCAGUAUGUAAGGCAGGUAGGGAGGCAAUAUUCCAUUACAUGAAAGAAAUGCGAUACACGAGAGCAGCAAAUGCCUCAAGACGGAAGCUUAUUCUUGUAGGCGAAACAUGCGCCGGGAAGACGAGCUUGGCAAACGCAAUAUUGUAUGGUAAAUCGAAACUCACCACAUUGGAAGAGAGGACAAGAGUACUGGAACAAAGACUUUGGUCUCCAAGUGAAGAUGUUAAAUUCCAAGUCAACGAUUUUGGUGGUCAUGAUGUCUACACGAUGUCACAUCAAUUCUUCCUCACUCCCGAGUCCAUUUACCUAAUUGUGUUUGACAUUAGCAUCUACAAUGAAACUAAAUAUCCCACACCCAUCCAGGAUUGGAUCGAGUUGGUAUCAGCGCAUGUCCCGAAUGCUGUGUUUAAAAUAGUCGCCACACACAGUGAUCUCUGCAAGAAACAAAAGAUCCAAGCAAAGACAAAAAAGAUCAUGACCCAUUUGAAGAGAUAUGAACAGGAGUUUGUCAAAGCCACAAAAGAAAAAAUCGCACUUGUUGACAGAAAAAUGAAUGAAUAUGACAGUAAUUUAAAAACUCAAGUCCUUACACCAGAUGGUUUGAAUGUCCAAAGAGCCCAUCUCCAGUACAUCUUGGAAAACAGGCCCAGGCUUCCAGAGAAAGUCGAUGUGAUCAGUUCCGCUGAGAAACUUACAGGUGUCAAGGCAUUGACUCUGGAUCUCUGUGACAUGUCAAACGAUGUGAAAUUGUUCUCUAAGAGGACCCUACCUAUGUCCUGGAUAGCACUUCAGGAAUCUGUCCAUGAUUCAGAUGUUGGUCGAAGUUCUAACAUAUACCUACCAUGGUUAGAUGUACAUCUGUGUACAAAGAAAGCAAAAUUAUACGAGAGUCAACUUCAACCAGCUUUGGCAUACCUUCACCAGAUUGGGGACAUUCUUUGGUACUCACAUGAUGACCUCUUAAAGCAAGUGAUCUUUCACAAACCAGUAGAUGUUGUGGAGAUGUUACGAGGGAUGUUCAGACACGAUCUUCACCAGUACCUUCAAACGAACAAGGAGAAAUUUCAGACAACCCUGAAUUUGACACCACAGAAAUACGAUUCAAUGGUCCGGAGCUUACUUCAGGACGGGGAGAUGCCAAGGUCAUUCUUAAAAUGCUUUUGGGCUGAUAGAAAUCUCGAUGAAAACACCCACAAGAUUCUCUUAACUCUGAUGCAAGCUUUCAAUCUGUGUUAUCCAGUGAGAGCCAGUGGAUUUACUCCAGAUUCCCAUAAAGUAUAUUGUUUUCCAUUCCUGAUAUCCGUACCCAAACCUCGAGGCGUCAACGACAAAUGGCCAGAGUUGUCUCCCGAACCUGUUCACAUUGAAGUCAAACUGAUCUUUGAAACGAAAAACCCCAUUGGCUUCUACGAGAAGUCGUCUGUGAUGAUGCAGCAGGUCGCGAAACUACGUUACAGAUGGAGAGAUGGCGUCUAUGGAGUAUUCAAUACAGAGAAGGUUCUCUUGCAACGCUCAAUAAUAGAUGGAAAGCGCGUCGUUACGUUGGCAGCCAGAGGGAAUGAACCAGCUGAUGUAUGGCGUCUCUUCCUGCGCAUAUACUACAAACUGUCACAUAUCCUCCAAGAUAGCGUCCUGGCAAGGUACUCCACUGAGUUCGUGUGUGGGCAUUGCCUCUGCAGGGGUAUCAGUAACCCAUAUACCUACCCUGCUGAAGUUCUCGAUGAAAUUGCCCUUGGCGGAGACAAAAGGGUCAUGUGUCCCAAUUCCACCUCUGCAGACAAGAUAGAUACGUACACAAUUUAUCCGCCACACUCAGUACUAGACGAGGAGCAAGAGGCGGCAUGUGCCUCUCUACUCUACCAAGAGGCUGCUCCCUAUAGUGACACAUACGACGCUUACUCUGCUGACGCUGACGAGAAAGACGCUGUAGAUUGCAGUUAUGCUACAGGCCCUCUGAGUGAUACGUCCCUCUUUAAUCUCUCAAAUGAGAUUGGUCCAGAGUGGAAGUCAUUCGGUAUCCUGCUGGACUUCACCGCCGCUGAGUUGAAGCAGUUUGAGCACAACCACCCGUUCCACAUGCAGUAUAGGGUAUUCUCCAUGCUCACGUCGUGGAGGGACACCUCAGACGGCACGGAGGAACACAAGCUUGAUGCGCUUCGUAAAGUGAUGAAAACAGUAGGACGCGAUGACUUAUCCGUGGCGUUAAAUAAAAAGGACGAAGAGUGACGAGGCUAAAUUGGCCUGUAUAUAUAUAUCUAUUAUCGAAAAUUAACUAUAACGAGAUAAGACUCACAGAAUUCAACAUUAUAUCAUUUAUGUAUGAUUACUGCAGUGAUGUAUAAAAGACAUAAAAUCAGAGAUAUUAACCUCUAGUAUAUCUUGAACGGAAGCCCGAGCUAACUGCAUUAUUAGAUGAACCCUAUUCUAGUAAUCAUAUAAAACUUCUAUAAUUCGAUUCAUCUCCAAUAAUACACGGUGAAAUAUCAUUGCUCAUGUGAAUACUCUCUCUGAUUGGAUCAUUACAACCCAGAACAUGACGAUUAUCUUCGUAGAUUACUUGCAUUUUGAUUCUGAGCUCUUCGAGUCCUAAGCUUAACCUGCGCCAUCCGUCAUUUAAUAAAAUCAAUGCUGACAAGAAUCUGGCAUGGUAAUGUACCGUUGGUGAAUCGUAGUCUUACAUUAGAUUCCCGCGUACCUCAUCGCUCUGUCAGAUUUGGGAAAUGGACAGAGCCAACCAAAUGCAAGACUCGUGCAAGAAUAGUUACAUGUUUUUCUCUUCUGACUAUAUUAGCUGAUAAUGAUUAUUGAAUGCCCAAUUGGUGACUUGUCAAUAAUCACAUAUGGAGAGAGGGCGUCAUUUUGAUUUAUAUGCAAAGUUCAGUUGCUCCAGCUUCAAUUAAACACCUUGGAAAUUGACGAUUUAUAAGCGGGGGUUUUAAAAUCACAAACAGCGACACUCUUCUAUCCUAGGUCUGAUAUGGAUAAAUGCAACAGAAUUAUACCAAACCUGAUUGUUUCAAUCGAAUGAUGAAACAUUGAAAAGAAUCGAGAAUCAUUCCGUUUGAAAAGAAUAGAACUGAUAUGACGCUGUUCCACAAGGACCCGUAAUAUCAAUAUCCUUAUUAAUUUAUGAGGUUACAAUUCUCAGGAUAAACGCCGAGAAAGACCACUAUCAAGUCUACAGACUGUUCAGGAAAGAUAGGCUUACUUUUUCAACAACAUUCAAACUUGUUCUAAAUAAUUGCAAAUGAUAACAUGGUAAAUUCAGGCAUCCCUAAAAGUCAUCACGUCUCCAGGAUUAGAAGUGAGAUAAUUACCUUGAAGAAACUCUUCCUUUAAAUAAUUAGUAUUCAAGUCUUAUUCUUUCCAGUUCAACUAAUUUUGCCAUUAUAUUUAAAUGUGUCCAAAUUGUAUAUGAUGCUGUUUAUAGUCUCACUUACCCUGGUUUGAGAAAUUAUUGAACUUCGGAAAUUCUGGUCCACCUUCUAAUGGCAGAUAGUCUUAUUGAGUAAGAGCUGUGUUGACGCUGAGCCACUCUUAUAAUCAGUGGAGAUCGAGAUGGGACAUAUUUGACUAGGGCCUAAAUCACGAUGUGAAUUACAUAAACGGUUGUAAUGAUUCUAGAGAUUCUAAUUCAGAGAGCACGAUUGCGAAAAGCACUGUACAUUUUGUAUUCGUAUUUUAUGCAUGAUUUUUUAAUGUAUUUUGGCAUGUAUUCUUUGAGAAUCCAUAUUAUCUUGAUUUACGUCAUUAAAUAUUAAAAAUUCAGUCAAAGUGAUGUCAUAUUUGAAAUCUACAAGUAAAAAUA